AUCUAGGGGCGGCGCGGAGCGGAGCGGCUCGCCCAGCCAACAGUGGCUGCGAGCUCCAGGCUGCUUGGGGAAUUCACUUUACCGCUUUGCAGCUUCUCCCUCCUCAGGCUUCUUCUGAUGGCUUUCUGUCUCCGGCCCUGUCCUUUUCUUUAAAAGGAAAACUUUACUGAGAUUUCUUUUUCCCCUUGGAGGAGAGGAUUAAAAGUUCUCAGAACUGGUGCAGCCAGUGUCUCUCGGGCGCUGGGAGGGUGUUUGCCGGUGGGGUUCCAGUUCCACCAUGUGCACCAACAUAGUUUACGAGUGGCUGAAAGCGCUGCAGCUCCCGCAGUACGCGGAGUCCUUCGUGGAUAACGGCUAUGAUGACCUGGAGGUGUGCAAGCAGAUCGGGGACCCGGACCUGGACGCCAUCGGGGUGCUGGCGCCCGCGCACCGCCGCCGCAUCCUGGAAGCCGUGCGCCGGCUGCGGGAGCAGGACGCUGCUGCCGCCGGCCUCUAUUUCACACUAGAGCCGCAGCCGCCGCCAGUGCCGCCGGGGCCACCCGCGGUCUCCGUCCCCACCCGCCGCCGGGGGGAGCCCUGCAGCGGCCCGACCCAGGGCCCCCGCGGGGACCCGCGCAGCCAGACGACCGCCCCUCGCGGCAGGGAGCUGGUGAGCUACCCCAAACUGAAGCUGAAGAUCAUGAUCAGGGACAAACUCGUCCGGGACGGCAUCCACCUGAGCAAGCCCCCGUACUCCCGCAAGGUCCCAAUGGCUGGCAUCCUAGCGUACUUAAUGAAUUGGCCGAAGUCAUCACAGAACCGCUAGAUGUCAUUUUUGAGAACCCGUGGAGGACUGAUGAGGUGCCUGAAGACUGGAAAAGGGCAUAUUUAGAACCUUCUUUCAAAAAGGGAGAUGGAUGAUGACCAUGGAUAUACUCAUCAGCUUAACUUUUUGCUUGGAAAAAUUCUGGAAUAAUCAACCUAGUUCAUUGGGUAACAAACUUACAAUAGCUAGAGAAAAGGCAGUGAAAUAUCACACAUAAGGAAGUACUGAGUUCAUGUUUUAAAGAUACACCAUUGUAAUGUUGGGAUUCUGCUUGUUUUGGAAUUCUGUCCCCCAUACUAUGGCUUCUUCACGAAAGUAAAUGAAGGUAGCUAAGCAUUUGGGUACUGACUCAGUUUUUUAUUACUUAAUGAACUUUAUUACAUUUAUAGGUGUACAACAAUCAUCACAACCAAAUUUUAUAGCGUUUCCAUGUUUAAGUGUAAUAUAAGACCAAAAGUUUUCUGCCAUUAGCUAGGCAUUACAUCAUUUCCAAAAUGGUCUUUCACUUGAGUAUAGUCAUUUUAUUAUUUUAAUUUUUCGCCUGCUCCCGAGG